UAGUCUCAAGACAUCAAGUAAAAUGGCUUUCAAGUUCGUCGCUCUCGCUACCCUCUUGGCUGUUGCCAAUGCUGGUCUCCUCCCAGCCGCUCCAGUGGCUUAUGGUGGAUACGCCGCCCCAGUGGCCCAUGCCGCUUAUGCUGCCCCAGUUGCUCAUGCUUAUGCUUCCCCCAUCGCUAAAGUCGCUGCCCCAGUCGCUUAUGCUGCCCCAGUUGCCAAGGCUGUUGUUGCUGAAGCCUACGACCCUCAUCCACAAUACAACUACGGAUAUGGUGUUGAUGACCAUCUGACUGGUGACAGCAAGAGCCAACACGAACAACGUGACGGUGAUGUUGUCCAGGGUUCUUACUCCUUGACCGACUCUGAUGGUUUCCGUCGUACUGUUGACUACACCGCUGACCCAAUCCACGGUUUCAACGCUGUUGUUCGUCGUGAGCCUCUCGCCGUUAAGGCUGUUGCCCCAGUCGUCGCCAAGGUCGCUGCUCCAGUCGCCUAUGCCGCUCCAGUAGCUAAGGUCGCCGCUUACGCCGCCCCAGUUGCUCAUGCUGCCUAUGCUGCCCCAGUAGCCCACGCUUAUGCUGCUCCAGUAGCUCAUGCCUACGCUGCCCCAAUCGCUAAGGUUGCCGCUCCAGUAGCCUACGCCGCUGGCCCAGCUGCCUACUACCACCAUUAAGGAUUCCAAAAAUCUCAGCAUAUAUUUAUUAUAUUUAUUACUGAAAAAAUAAAAUCUAUGCAACUGCUAAA